AGGGCAGUAGAAUCGCAGUGGUCCUGGCACUUGUGUCGGCGAGGUCCUGUCACCGAGUUGGGGGAAAUCUCCUGAAAAGGGGGUGCAACACAGACAGUGAUGAGGUGCCAGUGGGAUGAAUGCUGAUCGCUGCUUCUCUCUCCGACAAGACACAGUGAAUUGUGGAAGAGGGCAGCCCAUUCAGUCUUGUUCCACUAGGGGGGUCGUGGAGUUUGGAUUGGGAGUAGCCGCGAACUUCUUGGCCUCAUUACAAUGACUUUGGGCGCAGAGAUGUCUGAUAACUCGCUACUCUCGGAAGACACCGACAUCGAUGUGGUCGGUGACAUGGGCGCCAAGGAUGGCAAGUACUCCGAUUACCACUCGGACAACGACUCUGAUGACAACGUGGCCAGAUCUCACAGGGGAGAAGCCGCUUCCCCAGACCUGUCAUCCGGAUCAGAGUCAAACCAGAGAGCGGAGAAGAGCCCCAAGAACGCGCUGGUGAAGCCCCCCUACUCGUACAUCGCUCUGAUCACCAUGUCCAUCCUGCAGAGCCCCAAGAAGAGACUGACCCUCAGUGAGAUCUGCGAGUUCAUCAGUAACCGCUUCCCCUACUACCGGGAGAAGUUCCCCGCCUGGCAGAACUCCAUCCGCCACAACCUCUCGCUCAACGACUGCUUCGUCAAGAUCCCCCGGGAGCCCGGCAACCCCGGCAAGGGAAACUACUGGACUCUGGACCCGGAGUCGGCCGACAUGUUUGAUAAUGGCAGCUUCCUGCGAAGGAGAAAAAGGUUCAAAAGGCAACAAAGUAGCGAGAUCCUGAGGGACCCCAGUAGCUUCAUGCCUGCCGCCUUUGGAUAUGGACCUUAUGGCUACAAUUAUGGGCUCCAGCUGCACAACUACCAGCAGCAGCACCCGGGUGCCACCUUCUCUUUCCAGCCCAGCCACUGCCCUCUGCCCCCGCCGGCCUCAGUCUUCUCCAGCCCCACCUUGUCCCCUUUCCUGGGCAAUGAACUCAGUAGGAAAUCCUUCUACUCGCAGCUGAGUCCCACCUUGCCCAUCUUACACACUUUAAAACCCGAUGCGCAGAGCCGACCUUCCUUCUCUAUAGACAAUAUCAUAGGGGGAUCCGGAUCCACCCCGAGCCCGACCUCCCCAUACACAGCCCAGCCCGGGACCCACCCGCCGGUCAUUGCAAUGCUCAGCCCAUCACUGGCCCCAAUGCACAACCAUCUCAACUUGGCCCACGAAAACCUCUUGCCAACUGGACAGAACUUUUCCAGUAAAAUCACAAAUCUUAGCAGCUGUCACUUUUAAAAAAACAAAAAAAAAUCAUUUGUCUCAACCUGUGUAUUUAAGGUAGGAAUCAUUAUUUUUGUUUUUUUAUAGAACUAUUGACCUGCAUCCUGUUACCCCAAUCGAAAGAAAUUUAUUAUCUAUUUAUAAAGUGUAAAUUUGUAAUGUUGAGGCUACCCUUACCUGAUGCAUCACCGCAAUUUCAGCACCAUUAUUAUUUGCCUUGGGGGCCCAGUUUUCACCCAAAUCUUACAGGCGUUUUUACGCUAUUUAAGAAACAAUUGCACAGCGCAGUCUCUUCUUUUACCUUCUCUUUUCACUCGUUGAGCUCUUAUUGAAAUGAUUUCUGUUAUAAGCACUGCUACCCCAAUCUCAGGAUUAGAACACUUUAACAUAACAUGCCGUUUGUUUGUUUUGUCACAAGAGGUCUUAAACAUAUUAAUAACCUUCUUACCCAAAUGGGGCUUUGAUAUGUCUCCCAACAAAUGCCCUUUUUUUUUUCUACGUGUGUUUUGUGUAUAUGUAAUUAUGUAUAUAAAUAGUGUAUAGUUCGGAGGGUUAUGUGACCUCUUAACCACAGCUGUGCAUUGUUUUGUGUUUAUAUCUCAUGAAAUGGACGUGUGAAUAAUUCAAUGGUGUAUGUGAAAACAAGCAAUUGUGCACCAUUUGGUGAAAAUUUUUAAAUAAAUAUUUGUGAACUUUAA